GUGCAUCCUGAGUGCUGCUCUUUGUUAUUGUUUGAGCUGUGAGUGUUGGGGGGCACAGGGGAUGUUCUGCAGGGCCAGCAGCCUGACUUCAGCUUGGGCUCCAGCAAUAUGAAGGAUGGAAGAGGACGAGGUGACCAUCAGGGAGCAGAACUUUUACAGCCAAGUUAGAGAGUGCAUAAUAUGUUUCCUUCUGUUUGCCAUUUUAUACAUCGUCUCUUACUUCAUCAUCAAAAGAUAUAAAAGGAAAGGAGAUGAACAAGAGGAUGAAGAUGCGACUGUCAAUCGUGUCUCGCUUUUCUUGUGCACCUUCACGCUUGCAGUUUCCGGUGGGGCAGUGCUGCUUCUGCCAUUUUCAAUAAUCAGCAAUGAGAUCCUCCUGUGCUUCCCUAAGAGCUACUACAUUCAGUGGUUAAAUGGCUCCCUCAUCCAUGGUUUAUGGAACCUGGUUUCUCUCUUUUCCAAUCUCUGCCUUUUUGUUCUGAUGCCAUUUGCGUUUUUCUUCCUUGAAUCGGAGGGCUUCGCCGGACUUAAAAAGGGAAUCAAGGCUCGCAUCUUAGAGACCAUAAUUAUGCUCAUUCUUCUCGCUCUGCUUAUCUUUGGCAUCGUAUGGGUGGCAUCUGCUUUGAUUGACAAUAGCUCCGCAAGCAUGGAAUCAUUAUACGACCUCUGGGACUGUUACCUGCCAUAUCUGUAUUCCUGCAUUUCACUAAUGGGAUGCCUGUUACUGCUCCUAUGUACCCCGGUGGGCCUGUCUCGCAUGUUUACAGUAAUGGGCCAGCUGCUGGUGAAACCAACGAUCCUGGAAGACAUUGAUGAACAGAUGUACAUUAUAAGUUUACAGGAAGAAGCACUGCAACGGAAACUAAACGGAGGAAAUUAUACAGCGGAUUACAGCAGGAAGAAGAUUGAACACGACCUCCUGAAUGCAAGGUCCAUGAAAUCAAAAUUAGAAAGACGCAAAAAUGCUUCUGCCUGGCAAAGAAACUUGGUGUAUCCGGCUGUCAUGAUACUGCUUCUCAUUGCAACAUUUUCCUCCGUCAUUUUGGUUUCCCUGAACAUUCUGCGUUUACUGGUAGAUGAGACGGCAAUGCCCAAAGGUUCCAAGGGGUCUGGUUUUGGGGAUGCCUCACUGUUCACCUUUGGAUUUGCUGGAGCGACACUCGAAAUAAUCCUAAUUUUCUAUCUCAUGGUUUCUUCUGUCGUCGGCUUCUAUAGCCUGCGCUUUUUCAGCAGUUUCACUCCCAGGAAGGAUGACACGACGAUGACAAAGGUCAUUGGGAACUGCCUGUCUAUCCUUGUUCUAAGUUCCGCGUUGCCAGUCAUGUCAAGAACGUUAGGGAUCACCCGGUUCGACCUGCUGGGAGACUUCGGAAGAUUUAAUUGGCUCGGGAACUUCUAUAUCGUUGUGGCGUACAAUCUGAUGUUUGCUGUCAUGACAACGUUGUGCUUAGUCCGAAAAUUUACUUCUGCUGUCCGGGAAGAGCUUCUAAAGGCAAUAGGUUUAGACCGACUUCAGUUGUCAAAUAAGUCGAGUGAUUCGCCGUCCCCUAACGGCCACCAGAAGUCACUGUGACGUAGGACUGGAGCCGGUGACAUUCCUUCUACUUCACCAGCCCUGGGGCUGACACUUUGCAUUGUUGGUCAGGCCGGGCACCGGCACUUUGCUUUUGGGAACAAAGAAGAGCAGAAAUCCCCAGGGGCAGUAAAACCCGACAGGGCGGUUGGACCAACGUAUCACAGAGGUCUUACCAAUCAGUACAGUGUAACUUGUAUCCUGGCAAUUCUGCCCAAUAAUGUUAAUUGUACAGCGCCACCCGUGACCUGACUGCCCGCGCUGUAGGAUUCAUGUUUAUUGGUUAAGCUAUAGCGAGUGCUGUCAGGUGAUGCCAUCAUACCUCGGUGCUGAAUUUGCCCUUUGUGUUCCAGUUGUUAUACCAUUUGUAUUAGAUAACUAGAGGGUUAGGAAGCAAUGCAGGAACCCGGCACUGGUGUUUCUUGGCAUACAAAGCGGCAUGGUGCCCACGUGCCAACAAGGGUAGGGGCUGGAAGUAGGACACAUGGAAGCAAACUGCUGGGAACACAAAGGGCUGCCGUACAUGGGAAAUCAUGGCUUUCUGUCUUUUGUUGCUCGUUAGUGGUUAUUAAGUUCAUCAUCUGCCAUAUGUUAAUGUACAAUUACUGGCGCCCAUCCCCAGGCUUUGUGAGACGCAGUUCAGCAACAUGAGUUGGGCCUAGGUCUCCUGACCCUGUUUCAGUUAAAAGGGAAUAUAGUCAUCAAAAACAUAAUUUAUAGUCAGGUUUUGGGGUGCCAGCUGUCUCAGGACUAUAUGGAGCACCCCUGGGCUGCCAACCCUUGGUUACUGAUGUAUGGCGUCACUUUAUUUAGAUCCCAUCGCCCAGAACACACAGUCUUAUAUGUACUAGUCCAGUGUGUCUUGGCAGCAUCAUAUCACCUCUAUGGAAAUGUUACACUCGUGCUUUAGUUCCCCUUUAUCAGGAUAUGGCCGGCCUGCUGCUUCCUGGCAUGAACAUUUCCUUGCUGAAUAUCAGGUGUUAUUUUUCUUUUUUUAUUUUAUAUGAUUAAUACAGCGAGCAUUCUGUGUCCAUGAAUCCUAGCUGGGUUUGGGGUCUGCUGUGGCUCCUCUAUCAGUCUGUUACUGUGGGUUUGGGGUCAGCCGUGGCUCCUCUCUCAGUCUGUUACUGUGAAUAUCCCGCUGUGUGUGACUAUGAACAUGGAGAUUCUGGAGAUUGCUCUUGUGUCAGUCUCUAUUUGUGUCACGGGUUUUAAUCUUAUUUUUGUAUCAGCUUUGUAUUAUUGCUACGCAGCCAUGGCCGUGCUGCGGCUCUUUAACUCCCAGAAGCCUUUGUCCCGCUGGGAGUCUGGGGUUGCACAUAUAUUUCUUAUCCAUUGAAGCUUUGAUAAAGCUCUGCUCUCGUACGGGGCAAUUAUUUUCCUAAGAAAAGUUCUGAAAUCCUUGACUGACAUUGGCGCAGUUUUACGUGUUUGGCACUUUGUGAGUUAAACGGGGGUGUUUACACGCAAAGGCGGGCAACUGCGCUUUUAUUCCAUCUAUGCACAUGGGGGUACGACAGCAAUAAGGGGCUUUGUUUUAUUCUAAAGUUUCUAUUAUUUUAUGUCAUAGCUUUUUAAUUCCCCCGCGGGUGGUAUGAUCCAUGGAAAAGGAACCUUCAUGAUUCCACAUACGGGGGGGGGGCAGAGCACUGGGGUUAUAUAGUUUGAUUUAAUUAGAUAUGGCGGCAGUAUUUUGUAUUGAGGGAGCACAGGCGGUGGUGGAUUUUAAUAUGCAGUAAAUAGGGACCUUGUAAUGCUACACUGUACCCGGAGACGUAUAUUAGGGAUGCACCAAACUUAUUUGAGUUCGGCCGAACCCACCCUGACGGAUUCUCCUGAAUCCCGAACCGAAUCCUAAUUAGUAUAUGCUAGUUAGGAUUGGUAAGGGUUAAAAAUGUCCAUAAAAAAAAAAAAAACUGGAUUCGGCCCGAAUCCUGAACCAAAUCCGGGAUUUGGUGCAUCCCUACCAUAUAUAACCAAUGGGCUGCAGGUCAUGAAGCUCCAAGUUAUUCGAUAGUGUCACCCUUGCCCCCAACUGUAGCACUCCAGCCCCGACACCAGUAGUCUUGGAGAUGCUGGGAGCGAUAGUUGAACUGGAAGUUGGCAAAUCGGCCCCUUCAUAUAAAGUUAUGAGCUUUAUAAGCCCAAUAUGGCCAGCGUAACUCCUCAAGGCCUUAAGGUGGGCUCCUUUAGUUCAGUGGGUCUUUUGUGCUUCGUAUGGAAUCCAUCAGGCUGAAGGAGCGCUAGGGGCAAGUCGAGGGGGCACGUAUAGUUGUGACUAUUUUUGUGCCCAGAGUUUAAGCAAUUCUAUACACUUCUUAGUGAGAGUCACAGCAGCCAUUGAGAUUCCACAGGGACAACGCUGCGAGAAGACGGCGCUCGUAGGGCUGGGAGGUUCGUUUACUAUGUGAACAUUUCUGUUUUUACCCCCUUUACACGCGUGGGGUUGUUACAAAAUGUCCUAUCAGCAAUUCAUAUAGCGAAAGCUUCGACCAAAACCUCAACUGUGUGAGACGCGUACGUCGCCUUGUGUUUUCCGAAAGUUUAUUUUGUGAUAACGUUUUAUUGACACGGAGUUUGAAAUGAACUUCUCUCGCUGGACAAAGGAUUUCCGUGUUACGCGUUUGUGUCGGCAAAAGGGUAUUUUUCAAGACUGAAAUGUGAACGAGAUCACUGGGCGCGCGUAGUUGUGGGCGGCAGUCUCCGUUUUGUGUGUUGCAUUUUGUGUGCGUUGUACUGGAAAAAGUUUAUUUGUACUUUUUGUAAAAUGUCUAUAUCAUUCAAUAAAAUCUGUUUUUUUUAUUGCCAGA